UCGAAUUACUUAAUAUUCCUGCUGACUGAGAGUCUCGAUGUGCCUCCGGUUAUGACGGUUCAAGGUACCCCGAAAGCUAUUUCUCACGAAUGCAGAUCGGAUUCACGAGCAAACCUGGAAGUUCGAAAGUUAUAUCUGAACCGGUCCGUCCGGGAUUCAAGGUGUGGCAAUGUUAAAUUAUAUCCUCACAGACUCCGGCCGGGGCAGGUUCCUUGUAAUUACACUCCCGGUAUGAAUAUUGCCAUCGACCGGCAGUUCACGUUUCUUUCAAGCGCGCAUUUGAAGUAUAAAAGCCUGGACCUGGGACAACCUAUGCAUUCAAAAAGCCACAAUGUUCUCUCAAGCUCUCACUGUUCGCGCUGAUAGCAUCGCUCGUCAUUUCGAGACGGUCUUCCUUUUUACAAAAAAUGAUAUCAGAACCACUCUGAUACCUGUCACUAUAUUCGCAUUAUCUGCGGCUCCCAAAUACAACCCCACCCAUGCUUGGAAUGCCCCUUUGUGGAUAUGGUUCCACUUAUUGCAGUUCAACAUUGCAAACCAGAUCCAGGAUCCGGAGGAGGACCGCAAGAACAAGCCCUCCCGUCCGAUACCUGCUGGUCGCAUUUCUGUCGACAGCGCAGCUGAUAUGCGCUGGGUUAUGGUCCCAGUCUGCUUGUUGCUAUCGUUGUGGUACGGCACUCAGGCUGUGCUGGCCAGCACGGUUUUUGCAGCGUUGACAAUCUGGUACAACGAACUUCGCGGUGAUAAAAUGGGAUUGUCGAAGAAUGUACUCACAGCCAUCCUCUACGGGUGCCUGGAGGUCGGAGGAACCGUCGCUGGUUCUCCCGACUCAUGCAUCGAUAUGGCUGGUGCUUUGGCGGCUGCAAUUAGCUCGACAAUCUAUGCGACUACGCUUCAUGCACAAGACUUUAAGGAUGAAGAGGGCGAUCGCCUCACUGGCAGGCGCACGCUGCCCACAAUGUUCCCUAAAGCCGCGCGCUUUUCAAUGAUGUUUGGUCUUCCCCUCUGGGCAUAUGCCUUGAGCCGUAUCUGGAAGACAGAUGCGCUCUCUACCACUGCAUUUGUACUUUACAGUGCAUUUGUGGGAACCCGAUUCGUGAUGUACAAGACGGUAGGCGACGAUAAGCAGUCCUGCAAAUUUUAUAGUCUGUGGCACUCGCUCGGUCAUCUACUUCCAGGUUACUGGCGGUUCUUCUACGGUGUUUGAGUAUCCGGAGCUGAAAGUCGCAUUUGUCCCGCUUUAAGUUAAGGGCGAAAGGGAGCGAAUAGGAGGGGGUGGACACAAAUGAUACCCGGAAGAAAUGCGUGCUUACUCAUGUUACAUAAAUUACGUAGAUGUAGAUAAUUUUCAUUUUGUUUCCCUUACAUAAUAAUGAUAUUUAUGCGAACAAGACCAAGCGGGCAAGUAC